AAGACAAUAUCUUGUAAGGAAAAUGAAGCAGAGGAGUUCCUCACUAAUCCUCUGUUUUGUUCUCAUUGUUUCCUUUGUUGCUUCAGUUUCAGCACAAACGUGCGUACACAACGGGAAGAACUUCAUACCCAACGGUACAUAUGACGCAAACCGCCGUCUCAUCCUCUCCUCUCUUCCGUCCAAUGCCGCGGCUCAAGAUGGCUUCUACAGCGGUUCCAUUGGACAAGAACCUAGCCGAGUCUACGCGGCAGGGAUGUGCAUCCCUGGAGCAGAAGCAAAUGAUUGUUCCGCUUGUAUCAAAUUAAAGGCGCAUCUGACUGGUUGUACAAGCGCGUAUUACUGGGCACUUGAUCCAACUCCUUGCCUUGUCCGUUACUCCAACAAUUCUUUUUCAGGAUCCGCAGGUUACUGGGAGAUUGUACCUCAGUAUUUGGUCAUGAACACUGCAAAUAUCAACUCGAAUAUAACGGAGUUCAAGAAGAUAUGGGAAGGAUUGAUACAUGGUAUCAUUGCUGCAGCUUCUGCGCAAAAAAACGGUUACAAAGCUGAUGUUGCAGCCUUGACACCUUUCCAGAAUAUAUACGCGUUGAUGCAAUGCACGCCGGAUAUUUCUUCUGGUGAUUGUGAUAAUUGUUUAAGACAAAGCGUUAUUGACUACCAAUCAUGUUGUGGAGAGAAGACAGGAGGCUAUGUUAUGCGGCCAAUCUGCUUUUUUCGGUGGCAGUUGUUAACAUUCUCUAAGGCUUUUGGUAACAUUACGUUGGCUCCUCCUUCCCCUCCUCCUUCUCCUCCUCCUCUGCUGCAACGUCAACCAUCUUCUGCUAGCGACCAGGCCAAAAAGACAGACACUGGCAGCAGAAAUAUCUCACUGAGAACUAUUAUAGCAAUAGUUGUUGCUGUUAUUGUAUUCAUCAUCAUUAUCAUUAUCAUUAUCGUCGUUGUUUUUGCUCGCCGGUCUGCUCGAAGGGUAAAAUCAGACCAACAAGUUGAGUUUAAUCAAACUGGUAUCACAACUGUACGCUCCCUACAAUUCGAUUUCAAGACAAUUGAAGUUGCAACAAAUAAUUUUUCAGAGCGCAAUAAAAUUGGCCGAGGUGGAUUUGGAGAUGUUUUCAAGGGUACAUUAAUGCCUGGUGGAAGAGACGUUGCAGUAAAAAGGUUGUCAAGAACUUCGGAACAAGGCGAGAAAGAGUUCAAGAAUGAGGUUAUUGUUAUCGCAAAACUUCAGCAUGGAAACCUUGUUAGACUUCUCGGUUAUUCUGUCAAAGGAGAAGAAAGAGUACUCGUCUAUGAGUUUGUGCCUAACAAAAGUCUCGACUCUUUCCUCUCUGACCCAAUAAAGCAAGCUCAGUUAAGCUGGACAAAACGGUUCAACAUAAUCAUGGGAAUCGCUAGAGGGAUACUAUAUCUUCAUCAAGAUUCAAGGCCCAAAAUCAUACAUGGUGACCUCAAAGCAGAUUACAUACUCUUGGAAGCUGAUAUGAACCCGAAGAUUUCUGACUUUGGGACGGCAAGGAUCUUUGGUAUUGGCCAAACUAGUUCUAUCACUGAAAGGAUAUUUGGAACUGAAGGUUACAUGCCCCCAGAGUAUAGGUGCGAGGGGAUAUUCUCAGUGAAAACGGAUGUGUAUAGCUUCGGGGUCUUAGUUCUUGAGAUUAUAUGCGGAAAGAAGAAUAGGAGCUUCUAUUCCCCGGGUCCAGAUUUGGUCACAUACGCCUGGAGGUUGUGGAGAGAGGAGACACCAUUAAAACUCGUGGAUCAAACCAUUUUAGAGAAUUUUCCAGCAGAAGAAGUGACAAGAUGCAUCCACGUCGCGCUGCUUUGUGUUCAACACGAACCAACAGACCGUCCCCAUGUGUCAACAAUCGUGUCGAUGCUCACUAGCACUACCAUCAUUUCACAUGUUCCUCAAACACCUGGAUCGCUGGAUUCUUUAUACUAGGUAC